GGCUCAACUUCCCUUACCCGGUUUUUAACACUGAAUUUUGACUCGAGGCCCCUUGCUUUUACCAGCGACGACCACUUAUCCUCUGAAAGAAAUAAGGCUCUCCCGUGCCGGUCAGCCGGCGCGCAUCGAUGAACUGCUGAUCAGCUAAGAAAGGAUUCUAAAAACAGCAGAUUUCUCGUCAUUCAUCCAAAGCAAUGUUAAAACUAGAAGUUGACGAUGAACAUUCUCUCAUGAUUGAAGAAAGUAUAUCAAUAGAUGCAAGAAGAGAUCGGUUAUCUAGCUGCAUUGUGUGGACACCAAUUCCGGUCUUAUCAUGGUUUGUCCCUCUUAUUGGUCACAUUGGGAUAUGUAGAGAGAAUGGUGUAAUCCUGGAUUUUGCCGGACCUAAUUUUGUCUGUGUAGACAGUUUUGCAUUUGGAGCACCUGCUCGCUAUGUUCAAAUUAGAAAAGAUGAGUGUCAUGUAUCUCGCCACCCUAUUCCAUAUGAAAGGGAAGAAGUCAACGAAAAUGGGAAUGACAUGGCAACGUGGGAUGGGGCGUUGCAUAAGAGCACAACAGAGUACCAGCACCAGUCUUAUAACUUGCUCACUUGCAACUGCCACUCAUUUGUGGCCAAUGCUCUAAACAGGCUGAGUUUCCAAGGCGGGGGUUGGAAUGUGGUUAAUGUUGCCAUUUUUAUCGCGCUCCACGGACAAUGGGUUAAUAAAACCUCCAUCUUGAAAACAUAUUUGCCUUUUCUUAUAGUGUUUGGUUUAGGAUUGACCUUCGGCGGAUGGACAUUUCUGAUUUACUUGGCAAUCUUUAUUGCCAUUCUUAUUGGCUGGUUUCUUGUUGGCUCUUACUGUUUCAAGAAGAUGAUCUGUGUCUAGCAGCAUUGUAUGAUUUGGCAUGCUCAAAUUUAAGCUUAUGACCUGAGUCGUAUCACUUGAAUUAAUCUUAUUUUCCAUGUAAGAACACUAAUUUGUUUUUUUGCCACUAUCAAGUCCCUGAAUACUAAAUUACCUUUUCUGCGCAUUAAUAUUCCAUGUGUGUUCAUGGUGGACUUUUGAUACGC